AUGGCGAUAGGGAAGGCCUUCUUCGGGUUGCAGUUCGGCAGAGAGUGUCGCUGCGGAGAUAACCCUCCCUCCAACGAUCCUGCCGGAAACUGCAUCUCACCCUGCACUGGCGAUCGCUCGCGAGUGUGCGGCGGCGCCUGGGCUAACACCGUUUACCGCAUUCGAGGAAUAAGUUCUGGUGACACGUCGUACAGCCCACUGGACACUUUCACAACCACGGCGACACUACCGCCGGCGCCGGUGCCGGCGCACAGGGAUUCUACCCCGCGAAGCACCCCAACGCAUCUACCUGCGGAAUGCCGGCAGCAAGGGCGAAGCAAAUCUUCAGCAGAGUCGCCCACCCCAACUCGAUGCGCCGAGCUACUGGGAGAAGAACACGCCGAGAAUGCGUUUGUACCCGAAGAUACUUAUCCUGAAGACGGGGAGCGAGAAAACCAUACCGCAGGGAGAAGGAGGUGGCUUUCCCAUGGCACGGGCGAGCAGAGGAGUGCGCACUCGAACGACGAUGCUGCAUACGAUGACGACGGUGGCAGUGACGACGAGGGCGAUGAUGACGUGGAGGAGGAAGGUCGAGACCAAGACGAUGAGGACAACAAAGCAAUCGGUGUUGCUGACGAUAUUCCAACGCUGCUGCCAUACAAGGUUAUCCAUCCUGUUAUGGGGGAGUUUCUCUCCACUGGUGCCAUAGCCUCCGUGACCUGGGCAGCGACGGAGGGGUUGGACGAAGGGGGGGGGGGCAGAGCGCAGGGCGUAAAGUUAUGGCUGAUCGAUGCUACAGGGGGAAUCGGAGCUGAAGCGCUCAUUGCCGAGGGGGUCGAUGCCGACUGCAUGGUUUCGCAUGGCGAAACGUGCCGGUACACCUUCGCGGUACCCCGUUUCCUAUCACCCGAAGGAGGACCUAUGGAGGCGACCGCGGAGAAGGCGUUUACGCUAGAGCUUCGCGGUUUGGACGAGUCGCACAUCCUCGGACGCAGCCAAGUCUUCUUCAUCGUGGAGAAGACGGCGUUUACGUUCUUGGCGCCUAGAGGUGGAACUGGUCCUGUGCGAGGAAGUGUAACCGAAGUAUUGUGGGAGUCGGCAGGCGGUACGAAAGACGUCUGGAUCGAGCUCUGUGAUGCAGACACGGGACGCGUAGCUGCUGUCGUUGGCGCGACGGCCAACACGGGGUCGGUGCAGUGGGUAGUGCCCCGAUACGUGCAGGAAGGGGUCUACUUCUUGGUCAUUCGCCCCCUCCACGGUCAGCGCUUAAUGGAGAGCACGGAGGCAUCGGAGCUGUUCCUGGUGGGCGACCCAUCGCCUGCGACAACGCCACCCCUGGCUCUGCUGUCUCCCGUUCUUGGCGAAUACGUUCCCGUUGGUGCGAGGUUUCUUGUCACAUGGACUAGCCCCGACAUCGCAAGAGUUAGGAUUACUCUUCAAAACGAGUGGGAGUGGGAGGCCGAGACUCUGCUGUUCGAGGGGGUCAACGGAAACGAAUUUUUUUGGCAGGUUCCUGAGAUAUCCACCGGUGCCGGCUACUACCUACAACUGGAGGAUGCCGACGAGCACCAUGACGGCUGGCAAGACCACCGUAUCAUUGGCGGCGUAGGGGAGACAGAAUUCGACCUAAUCGGAAGAGGCGUUCGCACUCGUGCUUUCACCAUCGGCCACGCGCAGCCGGAGGUUUCUCUUGGGAAUAUAUUCCGAGGCCAGACUGGGCACGUGUGGACGAAGGAUGUCGCUCUUAGGAUAGAGGUCAGCAACACCGGCCAGGAUGAGACCGGCCCUCUUCCAGUUUUGUUGGAGCUCAUGCAAGGAGGUAGGCCUGUUUGGACGGUCCCUGGAUCUUCAACCCCGGUUUCAGGUUCUUCUUCUGUAGUCACGACGACGAUGCCUCGUUUCGAGCCUGAAGACGGGCUGUACUACCUCAGAGCAUCGUCUAUGCUGCAUCACCAGGCGGCCGACGUGUCUCCCGAGUUCGGGGUGAUUAGCUACCUGCCGACGGAAUGGGCCGGUGCUUCGUCCACUCUAAAGCUCGACAAUCGGUUGCAUGCAGACGUCUUUGAACCGGGGCAGUCGUACUACAUUUCCUGGUCUACCAACUUUGUCGGAAGAGUGACGGUUGAGUUGAAGAGAGCAAACAGCGACCAUGAGGGGGAGGAGGGUGAACGCCCCACGCUCCUCGAACGCGGGGAAACGAUCCCGAACACCGGAGGGUUCUGGUUCACCAUUCCCUUCCGUUCGGAAUUGGGGGUUGAUUGGUGCCCCGGCCGGCGGCCAAAGGGAGGAAACCAAAAGGGAAACAGCAGCAAAAGUGGCGUUGGCGCCACCGCCGAUACCAGCUCUUCGAGCGACGACGACGACGAGGAGGACAGCUGCUGCUUCACACUUUCAGUUUCGGACGCGCGCGACGCGGCGGUUAGAGACGAAAGCGACGUGUUCUGCAUCAACAAUGCCGGAGAUUCGUCGGGGGAGGAAAGGGACACAACGCUGGAGAUCGUCAAGUUCCCGACCCAACAGUGGGAGCUGGACAAGGAUCUAGAGAUUCGGUGGGCGUCCAAGCACCUACACUCUCCCAUCGUCAUCAACCUGCUGGGGCCAGAGAUAGAGCCAGCGACAGACGACGAAGCCGAAGACGACGGCGACGACGAACCGGAUUCGCAAGAAAGCAGCGAUAGCGCAGCUGACAGCGACGAGGGCAGCAAAGACAGUAGCGAUGAUGGAAACGGUGAAGGCGAUAGCGCUGCUCACACCACAGUGCGUCGACGAGUGCGGCAGCUGGGGUCAGGGCUUCCGGCCACCGGCUCCCUGGUGGUACCUAUGUCACAGAUGGCGAGCGUGGCUCCUGGAGACGACUACGUGAUUGAGGUGCGGGACGAUUCCGGCAACGCGAGAAGUGUUUCCCCGUCCUUUGAGAUGAUCGCACCUCCUGGCAUCUCCAUCUCCAACACCAUCGUCAACGCUACCGCCAACAAAGGGGACUCCUGCCGGAUUGAAUGGACCUUUACCGGCAAGCCCUUUCCGGUCCGGGUGCAACUGUUCAGCGGAUCCCCGAUUCCCGUAACCACGAGUGGGACGACAUGCGUCCCCUUCAAGACCACCGAUAGUUACAGCGUGAGAGAGGUGCAACAAACCGGCUGCGUGCAAGACCCAACUUCGCCGUACUACCAGCAGUGCGCCACCCAGGUCGAUCGAGACUCGCGACCCAGGCAGACGGGAUACUGCGCCAAACCUGCGCAAUACAUGAAGGCGAGCAAGCAUGCCAUAUCCUCGCACUUUCACGUUUGA